AUGACAGUCUUUCCAUGGUAUGAAAAACUGCGGAGCAGCAGGAGGGCUCCCUCCAGCGGCAGCAGGGUGUCUCUGCUCCGGCCUACAGAACCUACAGACCGCCUCAGACCCACGGCCCUUCCCCCUGACGCAUCCUCAGAAAGCCUCCACUCUCACAUCAGAGCGAGCGCCUGUUCGUGUGCACAAAACAUGGCUUCACCAAGGACAAUUACUAUUGUGGCCCUUUCUUUUGCGUUGGGUCUAUUCUUUGUUUUUAUGGGAACGAUUAAAUUAACGCCGAGGCUUAGUAAGGACGCGUAUAGCGAAAUGAAACGAGCCUACAAGAGCUAUGCCAAAGCACUCCCGGGUCUGAAGAAGAUUGGUGUGAGUUCUGUCCUGCUCCGUAAGAUCAUCGGCUCUCUGGAGGUUGGCUGUGGAAUUGUGCUUACCUUGGUGCCAGGAAAGCCAAAAGAUGUAGCAAACUUCUUGCUCCUGCUGGUCAUGCUGGCAGUGCUCUUCUUUCACCAACUUGUUGGAGACCCCCUAAAACGUUAUGCCCAUGCUUUAGUUUUUGGCAUUUUGCUUACGUGCCGACUUCUAAUUGCACGCCAAAGUGAGGAGCGGCCAGAGCGUGAGGAAAGCCGAGAAGAACAGUACCUCAAUGACCAAGAGCGAAACAAAGUCAAGCAGUCUUAA